UGCAAUGGCGGCUAUGUUAGUCAGUCGUGUCCUGUUGCCUCAAAGGCUUUCUCAGCAUCUUCCUAAGGUUCCGUGGGUCAGAAUGUUAAGUUCUGACGCUAAUGAUAAUGGAGAAAAACCAAAGAUAUCAGUGGAAGGCCACACGCCCACCCUCUCUGAUUUAAAAGAAACACUCAAGGGAAUAAGUACAGAAGCAAGCCGGCCAGUUGUGCAAGAAGUGAAAGGAGAAAAGGAAAAAGUUGUAAAAAAAUCAUUUCUAGAGAUUCUUGUUCCCAAAGUGUCACAAACUAAGGGAGCGCUGAUGAAAGGAAAAGAAAAUGGAAUUGCAAAGAAGGGCGAGGGAAAAAUUUCAGUCGGUGGUAUCCUUUCCUUCUUGGCGAAACCCUCACAAGAGCCUAUAGGGAACAAAAGUCUGAAGAGUAUUCGAGAAAGGUCAUUGGGAAAUGCUAGUGAGCUGAGAAAAAGUAUUAUGGGUGAUAAAACGAAUGUCAAAUUUCCAGCAUGGGAAGGAGAGAGAUCACAGUGGAUAGAAAAGAGCCUCGAGGACUUCGAGAAGGCACAGACCAACUCGACUACUGCUAAGGCACAAAAAACUGAUCCCAAGCUGAAUGAGAAAAUCAAAAAGGUACUGUCAGGACUACAGGUGGGACCUCAAAAGAGUGGAACAGCUGAGAGGCUUGUUGCGGCAGCGGAAAACUGGGGUAAAACCCUCAACACUCGAAAGAGAUUGAUUCAAGAGGAAUACUUACAGCAAACCACACAGAAUUUGUCAGAGGCACCAAGCUGGGUGUCAUUUGACGAGGGCGAGAAGACUGGGUUAUUUGAUAACGUCUUCAAGGAGGCAAAACACGGAAAGUUGAACCCCAUCUCUCAAUCUGAUUUUUUGUUCCAUCUCUUCGUCACAAACAGGUUCCAGACCCAAGAGUCAGUAGGAGUGUUGAGGAAUUCAUUCAGUGAACAAGUGAGGCUUUCCAACAGGCUCUGGACAUACCCAAUAGACAAUGAAGUGUGUAACUCAGUAGAAGAACAGAACACCAGUUUUGAAGAGCAUGUAUUUCUGGAGUACUUAUUGGAUGAGUUUCCUAAUAAAGGUCCAGUUCGCCGUUUCAUGGAAUUGGUCAUCAAUGGAUUACAGAAAAAUCCAUUUUUGACUGUAGCACAGAAAAAGGAAAGAGUUGGAUGGUUUCAUGAUUAUUUUGCCAAUUUUUCUGAAGAGGACCUUAAUUUCUGAGAGUUGAAUGUUAAAAUCUCAAUGUAAUCUCGCUUUUGCAAGUAAUGUAUUAAUUACCUUCAAGAACACAAUUUGUUUCAGCCCUGUUUCAAGAAAUUAGAACUUACCAUUUGAUGUUUGUAGCCUUGUGGUAACUGUGUCGUAGGUGUCAGAGUGCUAUUUAUUAUAAUUUUUUUACCCAAGUACAUUUUUUUAACUACUGGUAGUCAUUUUCAAGGUGCAUAGAUAGAGCUGCACUCAGAGACUGGAAAAUGGACUUGUUGACGAUGGAUUCGAGCAACUGUCGCAACAUUUUUGGAUGAGAUCUUUCAGUAUUUGAAGGAAGUGUGCACUCACAUGAACAUAAUAGUUGAGAGACCAAGACCAAGACCAAGACCACUGUUUUUGUAAUGAGGCUUCAAGUAAGAAAUUAAAUGAAGAUGAACCACAGUUAACCUUAAUGCAUUCAUUGGAAUAGGGGCACUUCUUGGAAUACGGGUGCUUAUUCAAUAGGGCCAUUAGCAAAAGCAAACUUGGAGGGGGCACAUUUUAGUGAAAGAGUGCAUUUUGGAAGGAGAGCACUAAAUGGAAUCAUUAUUGUAACAGCAAAUAUCCCUUAACUAAUAACUAAGCUUUACCCUUUGUACACUCAUCAGGCAACAGAAAGUGUUGAGAGUUACAUUGUAUAUCCACAAAAGAGAGAAAGAAAAAAUAAGUUU